AUGGUUGGUUGGCCAAGCUGGGUAGUCGAGUUGUUUAGCCAGCUUGAGUUGUGUGGCCAAGUUGGGUUGGUUGGCCAGGAAAAGUUGGUGGAAGCAAAGAAAAAGAGCAUGAUGAAAUUUCUAAGGUGUGGAGGGAAGAUAUGUAUGAAUAAUAACGACGUGGAAAAUAACUACAACGGAGAAGAACAACCUUCAAGGAAUGUGAUAGGAGAAAACACAUUGGAAAGCUCAGAAGAACGACGCAGUAAUGAAGCUAAAGCACAUGGUUGGUGGUUGUUGCCUAAGAGAACAUACGAUUCGAUAAAAGAGAACAAGCCUGAAUCCGAUUGCAGCGAAAUAGACUAUGACACUAUAAAGCAACAGAGGCCUAGAGGAAACACGGUGCUGCAUAUAGCAGCUCUCUAUGGAAAUGAUAAGUGUGUUGAAAAGGUACUUCAAAUUGGUCCAGGGCUUUUGCUAAUAGUAAAUACUACUGGUGAUACGCCACUGCAUGUUGCUGCAAGAGCUGGCAACAUCUCUACUCUCGAGAAGUUGGUGGCUACAUUUCUCUGUCAUUUUGUUUCAAAAGAGGCAAUCCUUGUAACCAACAAACAAGGAAAUACUUUCUUUGAUGAGGCCUUAUUGAAUGGUCACAAAAAUGUUAUGAACAUUCUAGAUUCUUCACCAGCCUUAAAGCAAUUGGCUGAGGAUACUGCGUUUACUAGUAGAAACCGUAGAGGCAAAUCAGUUUUGCACUUAGCAAUCGAGAAAGGCUACCGAGACAUUGUUGAUGAUUUAUUGACCAGAGUAAUUCCUCGUUACAAAGAGAAUAUAUUAACUGAUCUUGGAAUAUUCUACUACCCUCAAGUACGCUUUGAAACCGAAUCAGAGAGUCAGGAAAUUCUAAUGGCAAGAGAAAACAUGUUGACGAUCUUAGAAAGUCUUCGGUUAUCAGAAACCGAAUCAGCGAGUCUGGAUAUUCUAAUGGCAGAAGAAAACAUGUGGACGAUCUUACAAAGUCAACGAGCCCCGUCACCAUCCAUUGAGGCAAUCUUAAAAGAUAUUCUAGAAAAAAUAGUAAACAAAAAGAAGGAAUGGAUUCAUGGUAAGGAUCACAAACAAAGAAAUGCUCUUCACCAUGCGGCUUCUAUAGGUUACCUACAUGGUGUUCAGUUAUUGCUUGAAAGUUGUGAUACAUGUCAUAUGGAAAGAGACAAAGAUGGAUUUUUUCCUCUUCAUUUGGCUUCUGCAUAUGGGCAUACUGACGUGGUAAAGAAAUUGUUAGAAAUUUGUCCAAAUCCCAGAGAAAUAGUUGAUAACAAAGGUCGAAAUAUCAUUCACAUUGCAGCUAUAAUGGGUCAAUUUAAUGUGAUAAAGUACAUCUUGCAAAAUGCAAAAGAUGAAGUUAAAGAUAUGAUAAAUGACAAGGAUUAUGAUGGAAACACUCCCUUGCAUUUGGCUGCCUCAUAUUGUCAUCCAAAAGUUGUGCAAGCCUUGACAUGGGACACAAGGGUUGAUCUCCAUUGCCUUAACAACAACAACCAAACAACUCUCGAUGUUUUUGAGAAAUUUAAACAAGAAGAUAAUCCGCCCUUCCCACAGCGGCUAACAUGGUGUCUACUAAAAUCUGCUGGCGUACAACAUGCUAAAAGAGGGUUACCGACUAUCGAGAUCCCUUUCCACGGAAGGCCACAACCCAAAAGCACAGAAUUUUAUAAAGACAGAAUCAACACUCUUAUGGUGGUUUCAACCCUUAUUACUACAGUAGCAUUUACCGCAGGUUUUACUUUGCCUGGUGGAACUAAUAGUUCUGCUCCAGAACAAGGCAUGGCUAUUAUGUUACCUCACGUGUGGUUUAAACCAUUUAUGUUCUGCAUCACAGCAUCCAUGUACGGUGGUAUUAGUGUCACUAUUAUACUCAUUUGGGCUCAAUUAGGAGAUAUAACUUUGGCUCUUUUUGCUCUUGAUGUGGCAAUACCCCUUUUAGGAGUCACUCUUGCAACCUUAUCAGUGGCAUUCUUGGCUGGUGUCCACCUUGUUAUAAGCAAUCUCAGUUGGUUGGCCACUACUAUUAUGAUUUUGUGUGUGAUCUUCAUUCUUCUGCUUUUGUUGCUGUACAUUCUUCUCUGGUUGCCCUCAGCAUCAAGCAACCUAAUAAUGCGAUGGAUUUCUUAUUUUCCUUUCAAGAUUCUCACAUGGUUAUUUGAGAAAAAUUCAACUGAAGAUAAGAAUAUGUGAAAGACUCCUUCGUUGAUCUGUAUGAUACUUAGAAAGUGACCCUAGAUCAAUAUCUCAAGCUAGGGGUAAGGAGCUUGGUGCAUAUCAACAUGAUUGAGUUGUGAUUUGAUAGUAUGAUAUUAGCGGAUGUUAAUAAGACACUCCCUUGUGGUGUUUUGUCUAAGUUAGUUGAUGUCAUCUGGUUAUGACUAU